AUGUCGUACUACGACAUUGACGCUAUCCUCACGGAUGCAGAGAAAGUCCCAUGCGAAUUCGAAAUCGAUGUCCCCUACCUCGGCCAUCUCGACAACUCCUCCCAAGGCCUCAAAGCCAAUACCCCUCUAACUCUACCCCUCUGGCUCGCCGAAAUGCUCGCUCUAGCAUCAACACCUACAUCCAACGCACCAUUAACUCUCAAUCUCCCACCGUGUUUAUCCACCGCUGUUUUAUCCGCGCUGAAAGCUGAUCCGCGCGCUGUACCGCUACGAGACCAAAGUUUACAUUUCUACGGUGUGGGUGUGCGAAUGCUGGAUUUGUUUGAUGAGAAGGAUGUGGCAGAGGUUCUGAGAAAGACUUUUGUUGUUAGGGCGGGAGAUGUAGGACUUCAUGCGAGAAAGGCGGAUGAGGGGAUGGUGGGAGCGGCUGGGGAGGAGUUUUUGAGGGGGCUUGAGGAGUGGGAGAGGGGGUUGUUUAGGAGGGGACAUGAGGGUGUUAAGGGGGCGAAGGAGUGGACUGAUAAGGUGAAGAAGACGUGA